AUGACUGCUGUGGCAUCUCCGCCUAGUGUGCAAUCGGGGUCUCGCUUGGGAUGGUAUAGCACUGGCAACGGAGGACAAGGAGCCCUCUCUUCAGUGAAUGCGGAAGAAGUGUCACGGAUGUUCAUGCCCAGGAAACACGUUCAGCGGUCCAACUCUUCGUCCUCAUUGAACUCAAACUCUUCGACGUCUACGGUAGUAGCGACGACUGGCUCACAAGAUACCCAUUCUGGUCAGAGUUCCAACUCCGAAACAAGUACGUGGUCGUCAAAGAAGAAGCCUAUUAGGAAUCCUUGGCCAAGCUCGAAGGCCGAACCUGUUGCUGGAGUGACGAACACACGAUCCCAGCCUGUUCCUGCGUUCUCAUCUGGACCUACGGCCUCGUCAACUAUGUCCGCCAUGCACCAACCUAAUAUUGUACCCUCGCAGAAUAUGCUGCAAUCCUCUCCACAGAAUGGCGUAAGACAAACGAAUGGGCAACCUGCAGCAGAACCACCCGCGAUUUUGGCCCUUACCCCUAUGAACGGCACUUUUGAAAAGAAACAGAUCAAUGUGCCAUUCUACCCUGAAGUUCUGCGAAUCGGCCGCCAAACCAAUGCGAAGACAGUACCCACCCCAGUUAAUGGGUUCUUUGAUUCCAAGGUUCUCUCUCGUCAGCAUGCUGAGAUCUGGGCUGACAAGACCGGCAAAAUCUGGAUUCGUGACGUCAAGUCAUCGAACGGCACAUUUGUCAAUGGCCACCGGUUAUCGCUCGAAAACCGCGAGUCCGAACCUCACGAGCUCCGGGAGAAUGAUACCCUGGAACUGGGAAUUGAUAUCGUCAGUGAAGAUCAAAACACCAUUGUUCACCACAAAGUCUCUGCAAAGGUUGAACAUGCUGGUCUUUAUGGAACAACACCCAAUAUCCUGGACCUCAAUUUUGGAGACUUGGACCCUGCCUCAGGCGGGGGCCUGCUGCCUUCACCUCUUAGCCAGCCCCUCUCUCACCUGCGAGGUCGCUCCGGUAGUAAUGUGAGCAAUCGCAGCGCUCAAAGUAACGCUAGCAACCACAUCAAUGCCAUGCACCAGCAGCGCCAGAUGAAUUACUGGAACUCCCCAAUCUCUGUUGAGCAGGUCGUCAAGAGACUCACUAGCGAGCUGAAACAAGCCAAACAACAGUCCCAAGACCUUCGUCAAACAGAUGACUUCCUAAAUGCGAUCAUGAAACCUGGCUAUGCUGAGAAAGAAAAGGCUAGCAAGCCUUCUCCUCUUGAGAGCAGUGGCCCUCGCCAGUUGAAUGGUCGUCCGAAAAUGCCUCGUAUUCUCCGAUCCUCCCGCCCCCCUCCCCAGCAACCUCUACCAGAGAAGCCAGACGCGCCACCACGCGGUGGACCGGACGCAUUCUCGCCCUUGAAACGUAGCGAGACCGAAAAGCCGAAAUCGGCGUCGAAUUCUCCAGUUUCCCGUGACUCCAGUCAGAUUCUUGCCCUCCUUGAGACCUUGUCCACAACCAAGCGGGAACUCGAGACACAAGGGACUCGGAUUAAGGAGCUUGAAGACCUUCUUCGUCGGGAGAAGGCUGCUCGUGAAUCCGCAGAAGAGAAGGUCAAGAAGUUGGAAAUGGACACGCUGUCAGAGAAGGUGGACAAUGGGGAUGCUCCCGCAGAGCGUGACCUUGAUGCCUCUUUGGAUCAUGAACCUUCAGUCGACUCGGAACUUGAUGGCCCGGAAGCAACAGUCCAGGCCAACGGAUCAAUUCUGUCUUCUGAGGUUCCUGUGGCCUUGGAUCCUGAGAAGGCAGAGCUUUCUACUGAGGCACAACUCCAGCAUCGCCUCGAGUCAGUGAUGCAACAGAUGGAGGAGAUGAGCAAGCAGAUGGCCUCUUUCAAGGAGCGCGCCGAAAGGGCCGAUAAUGAGAACGUUGAGCUACGCAAGUCAUUGGCGGAGAUGAUCGAAACCAUCCGCAAGGAGCGUGCCGAGAAGGCUCCGACUGCUCUCACCAACAACGAAUCUCACACUCAGGCCCAUGAUUCAAGCAAGGUCAUUUCAGGCCAUGCAGGCUCUGCCGAGGAUGGCGCAGUGGCGCGCAUUGGCGACUCAUCAGUGGAAUGCUUUGAGCCAGUUUCCAAGGGUCAACAGAUGGAUGCUGCAGGCACGGCAAUUGCGCAAUGGCAACGUCGCCACUACCUAGAAGAAGCAAGCCCUUAUGCAUCUAUGUUGGGAGUAGUCCUUCUUGGAGUAGGUUUGAUGGCCUACCUCAAUGGCUGGCAAAAGAUGGACAAGUGA